AACAAAGUAGUAUUACCUACAGUCACGUCGUAAGCCUUAAGGGGAUGAUUCUUCCAGUUAUUAAGUUUUUUUGAGGACUUUGUCACUUGAAACAAGAAGAAAAUAAGCAUGAAGUGGUUUGCUAUAAUUUUUUUACCUUGUGUUGCUGGUUGUCAAACGACUAAGUUUGUGAAAGAGGAAGGUCAUGCCCUCGAGAAUCACGUGAUAAAAACCGUGACCGCCAUGCAACCGAUAACAUGUGUGUGGCAAUGCGUGGACACUCCACUAUGUUUUUCUAUGAAUGUCAGAUCACUCCCGACUGGUUGGGUCACGUGCGAACUGAACAAUUCGAGCAAAACGGCUGACCCACAGGAUUUCCUAUUCAGUCCUGAAACUCGUUACCAGCAACUUGUGAAAGUUGAGCAUUGUACAACAAAGCAGUGUAUCUACAAAGAUGUUUUUCAAGAUGGCUGGUUUAGAUUUGGUUCCAAGCUCCUGAAAAGUUUCUCUGAGAGAAAGACUUGGGAAGAAGCCCAGCAGUUCUGUCAUUCGAUUGAUGGAGAACUUGUGUCAAUCACUCACGAAAACGAGAAUGAGUUUAUCAGUCAUUUGCUUGACCGUGUCAAAAUCGAUGAAACAGGUGAGAACAAACAAUUAGUCAAUGUCAUCAAACACUGGAAAUUAGACGGAAGCGACUCCGAUGUACGACUCGCGAAUGAUGCGGAAUACACGGAAGAAGAUGGUGUAAAGACGUUGCACCUUAACGGGACUACCUCAUCGUACGCAACAACCGCCGCAGUGGACUUCGGGAACAAAAGUUUCACCAUCGCCAGCUGGGCAAAACUAAAACCUUCUGUUAACCAUACAUCAGUUAUUAUUUCCUUGUGGAAAAAUCAGAGACAUUUUUUGUUUGGUAUAAACUCAAUUUCCAAGUUUCGUUUCGUAGUGAAGAACAAAACAAAUGAGAAAGACAUAAUUUCAUUGGCUAGGGGGUCUCUUCCACAUGGCGAGUGGUUUCAUGCAGCAGCAGUCUGGGACCGAGAUAAACACAUGGCCUAUUUAUUUCUGAACGGUCAAAAGAUUGCGUCCCAGUCAGUAUCUAGUGAUGCUGCCCCGAAGGAUUACAACCCAUUUAAAGAGUUUGAUAUUGGAAGGAAAAGGAACAGCGGUGCUACACUAAAAGGAUAUUUGAGGGAUUUGAUGAUUAUUGGUAGCGCUCUUACUGGUGAACAGAUAAUAAGCAAAAUUAUAGAGCCAUCGUUCAAUAGUGCUUGGAUCGGGUUUAAUGACCUCUACACGGAGGGAACUUUUGAUUGGCCGAACGGCACUCACGUCACAUUUACGAAAUGGGCCCCUGAGCAACCAGACACAAGAAAUAUUUUAAUGAAUGAAGAUCAUGACUGCGUGGGGAUGAAAUUUGGAGAGGGGACUUGGGACGACAUCAGCUGUGCGAAGCAUCUACCUUUUGUCUGUGAAAAGAAAGCCUACGGAUGA